AGGCUCUAUUGGCUUGUUCGGGUCAUCUCAAGCCUGUUUAUUGGAGGAGUGAUUGUUGCUGUUAACUUCUCCUCAGACUGGGAGAGCGGAACGGUGGCAGCCAACACCACCUACAAAUCGUUCAGCUCCACCAUGGUCCAUGCGGACAUUGGGCUCCACGUUGGCUUGUCGGGAGUCAACAUCACCCUGGUUGGAAAACCCGUGGAGCAGCUCAACGAAACCAUCAAUUACAACGAAGAGUUCUCCUGGUGGUUUGGGAGCGACUACGACAAAGAGUUUGAAAAGGGGCUGCAACGGGGCUUGCCCAGUCCCAUCCUGUACGUGGCAGAGAAGUUCACUGACCACAGUCCCUGUGGCUUGAGCAAUGUCUACCGCAUGGCGGGCCACUACGCCUCUGCAACCCUCUGGGUGGCCUUCUGUGCGUGGCUCAUCUCCAACAUGCUCUUCUCCAUGCCAGUCCCAGUUUAUGGCGGCUUCAUGCUUCUUGUCACGGGAGCCUUCCUCAUCUUUGCGCUCCUGUCCUUCUCCACAGGGAGGAACGCCUGGUGUGCCAUCCAGUUUGGGAUGGCAUCCCUGAAGUUGGCCUAUGGGGCAUCGUUCUGGCUCACUCUGGCCACAGGGCUCUUCUGCUUCCUUGUUGGCAUAGUGGUGAUUGCCCUGCACUUUAUCCAGCCGGACCUUCUGAAAGCAUUCUUUGACUUGGCUGAGGAUGAAGAGGACGAUGAAGGCAUCCUGGGAGAGGUGUACGUCAACCCCUACUUCCACCAGACCCAGACGCUUUCUUCCCAGCCCGAUUUCAAAUUGACCAUCAAGAACACCUAA